CCGACUUCGUACAGCAAUCGAGUGAGCACACUGCUCUUUGAGCCCGAGUGCGCUGCCUAACCGCGAAGUACCGCCGCCGUGCCCGCCCCGGCGUGGGCACCCUGUCCUGCACAGAGACACUUGUGGUCUGGCACCCGGCCUGAAGCUGACAGCAUGGAGCCCCUCUCUCUGGCCUCCACACCAAGCUGGAAUGCCUCAGCUGCUUCCAGUGGUAACCAUAACUGGUCUCUGGUGGGCCCAGCAUCGCCAAUGGGAGCCCGGGCAGUAUUAGUGCCUGUGCUCUACCUGUUGGUGUGCACCGUGGGACUGAGCGGAAAUACACUGGUCAUUUAUGUGGUGCUGCGGCACGCCAAGAUGAAGACAGUUACUAACGUGUACAUCCUGAACCUGGCCGUGGCUGACGUAUUAUUUAUGUUGGGACUUCCUUUCCUGGCCACACAGAACGCUGUCUCCUACUGGCCCUUCGGCUCCUUCUUGUGCCGCCUGGUCAUGACACUGGAUGGCAUCAACCAGUUCACUAGUAUCUUCUGCCUGAUGGUCAUGAGUGUUGACCGCUACCUGGCCGUGGUCCACCCUCUCCGCUCAGCCCGGUGGCGUCGCCCACGGGUAGCCAAGAUGGCCAGCGCGGCCGUCUGGGUCUUUUCGCUGCUCAUGUCUCUGCCGCUCUUGGUCUUCGCGGAUGUCCAGGAGGGCUGGGGCACCUGCAACCUGAGCUGGCCAGAGCCUGUGGGGCUGUGGGGUGCAGCCUUCAUCACCUACACGUCUGUGCUGGGCUUCUUUGGGCCCCUGCUGGUCAUCUGCUUGUGCUACCUGCUCAUUGUGGUCAAGGUGAAGGCUGCAGGCAUGCGCGUAGGCUCCUCAAGGCGGAGGCGCUCGGAGCGCAAGGUGACUCGCAUGGUGGUGGUCGUGGUGCUGGUGUUUGUGGGCUGCUGGCUGCCUUUCUUCAUCGUCAACAUCGUCAACCUGGCCUUCACACUGCCCGAGGAACCCACGUCUGCCGGCCUCUAUUUCUUUGUGGUGGUCCUAUCUUAUGCCAAUAGCUGUGCCAACCCCCUGCUCUACGGCUUUCUCUCGGAUAACUUCCGCCAGAGCUUCCGGAAGGUUCUGUGCCUACGUAGAGGAUACGGUAUGGAGGAUGCGGACGCCAUAGAGCCACGGCCAGACAAGAGUGGGCGGCCUCAGGCCACACUGCCCACACGCAGCUGCGAGGCCAAUGGGCUCAUGCAGACCAGCAGGCUUUGAAUGCCCCUGUAACACCCUGGGGGUCCUCCAGGCUCCGCUGCGUUGUCUUCUGGGAUCUGAGAGUUUGCAGAGAUGCACUCGCCCCCAGGCCUACAAGUUGGACUCCUCUCAGUGGCGGUGUGAAGACAGCUGUGUGUGGCUUAAGCCAUGGGCAGACGUAGCACAGCAGGUGUCUUCCCGUGGUGACUGACCAUCUCUCUCACCAAAACGUUCUGCCAGACCAGGGGUGAGAGUUUGGAGACCACGUGACAGACUUAGCAGGGAGAAAGGGCUGGCUUUUUGCCCCUGGAAAUAUUCAGGCACCUCCACCCCUGCUGUGGCAUAAUUCUUGUCAGUCUCUCAAGGCCAAGAAGCGAUUUUCCAAGAGGGAGUCAAGAGGUGAUUCUCAUGUAGACUAUUAGUGUGUGCUGGUGAUUACCCACCCUGAAGCUGUGCUGGGCUGCUAGCCCUCAGCCACCAAUCCAUGUUCUGGUCAGCAUGGAGGACAAAUGAAAGGUGUUCACGUGUGUUUAACCUCUGUGAUCCUGUAGCUGCAUGUACUUUGAGGCAACAGUUGCAACCAAGCUGCACUGGUCCUGGGACAGCAGAGAAGAAACCCU